AUGGUUGGAAGAGGGGAAGCGAAACAAGCUCGUUCCAAAGGGUUGAGUAGUGAGAGAUUGAAGGAAGAUAGGAUAAGCCAAUUACCUGAUCCGUUGAUAUGUCAGAAUCUAUCUCAUCUUCCUCCAAAAGAGAGUGUUAAGACAAGCGUUUUGUCAACCAGAUGGACAAGUCUCUGGCUUUUUGUUCCUAGUUUGGAAUUGGCAUGGUGGCACCUCCCAAAUUCCUAUGCCUUUAAGAGUUUUGGUUAUAGGUUUUUCGAUUCCGACAGGGCUUCAUGCAUAAACAAGCUAAAGUUAACUAUUGAUGAAAACGAUGCAUCUUAUCUCACAUCAUGGAUACAGGCCUUGGUUAAGCGUAAGAUACAAUGUCUCUAUAUUCGCCGUAGUCGAGGCGAUUCUUUUCAUGAGAUGCCCUCAAGCAUUUAUAUUAGUGAGACACUUGUAUCUCUAAAACUCUAUCAGCUGACCUUGGUUAAUGCCGAGUUUGUUUCCUUGCCUUGUCUAAAGAUCUUUUAUUUAAAAGAUAUUGUGUAUCCCAAUGAGGCUACUUUUGAGAGACUUGUCUCAUCCUCCCCUGUCCUUGAAGAUUUAAAGGUUGACGUACUAUGGACUGAUGGAAAAGUCUAUCGGGUGCACUCCCGCUCACUGAAGAGGCUCCGUUUACACCGUAGUUUUUCUUUCCCGUUUGACUCUUCUCCUGGAGUUGUAGUUGAUGCUCCUCUACUAUGCUGUUUGAGAAUCGAGGAUCGCGAUUCAGAAAGCGUUAUAGUAAACAAUGUGCAGUCCAAUGCCAAGUUAGAUAUAUCUCUUCACUUUGGGUUGGGGGAUUUUGACGAAGCAAGCGUCUCAUCAAGGAUCAGUAGCAUCCGUAAGUUUACGUCCGGGAUCUUGACGGUCAUGGAUAUGACGAUAUGUGUAUACACUUUCAAGAUCAUUCAUCACUAUUCCAAAGUAGAACCGCUGCCUCAGUUUAAUUAUAUGUCCCACCUACAUGUUAAACUCGAUGUAUCCGAUUUGAAAGGGUUGCAAACUUUUAUUGAGAGAUGUCCGAAUCUAAAAUCCCUCAUCUUGGACUUAGAUGAUAUACUUGGAUAUCUGCAAUAUGAGGAGAUAAAUCAAAUAAGUUUUCCGGCUGGGAUCUCAUGGGUCAUGGUGGAUAUGACGAUAUCUACGAAAGCUUUCAAGCUUAUCUACCAUUCCUCGAAAUUAGAACCUCUACCUCAGUUUGGUUACAUGUCCCGUCUGUAUAUUGUUAGUCUAUGUGUAUCCAUUGUGAAAUGGUUACCAACCUUUCUUGAGAGCUGCCCAAACUUGAAAUCCCUGAUUUUGUCAUUGGAUGACUUUGACCACCAGAUGCAUUCUGAGGAGAGAAAUCAAAUAAGUUUUCUAUCUGUUCCCGGGUGUUUGCUAUCGUCGCUCGAGUUUGUUGAAUUCAGUUGCACAUUCUCUGGAGAUGCUGCAGAAAUGAAGCUGGUUCAUCUCAUGUUAACUGUUGGUAACAGCGCAAGUAAUGCAGCAUUACGUGAUGAGAUGAUUUAA